AUGAAGAUUAUUAUUAUAGAUAACUACAGAGCACACUUGAAUACUUAAGUAAUAAAAAAAUUUAAAUGAUUAGGGUAUCGAAUAUACUAAUGUUAAAGAAGCAAUAUUAUUAUUUUAAAAAAGUCAAUAGCCAUCAGAUAAACUAAAAGCUAUUUGGUUGAUAACUUUAUAAAAUUAUGAAAAUAAAUAAUACACUUCAGAAUUUUUUACAAUGAUGAGAUGGAUAGCAUAUUAACACCUUAACUACUGUUUGAAAAUAUUUAAGUUCGUUUACCAGUUUUAGAUGGAUUCCCACUUCCUUAAUAAGCUCCUAGAUUUGAUGCAAUAAAAUAAUCAAAUCCUUAACCUUCUCAAGUGCCCAUGUCUCAAUCAUAUUGAACAGCUCUAGUUCUUAAUUAACAAUAUUACAAGCCCCCAUUAAUUUAAGUUGCUUAAUAGGAUAUUUCAAAUCAAUUUGAUAUAAGUAAUGAUCUCUAUGAAAAAUACAGCUUACAUUAUUAAUAAUAAGAUAGAAAAAUAGCAAGGCUAUAUUGAAGGUGAAAUUGCAAAGGCAAUUUUUUAUACACCCGAAUUAUCAGGUCAAAUUUUAAAAUAAUUAUGGGCUCUUGUUGAUACUAAUUUAAAAGGAUUCCUUUUUAAAAAUGAAUAUAUAGUUGCCCUUCAUUUAAUUUCUUGUUGUAGAAAAAAUAUUCCUUAAGUUUUACCUGAUUCACUUUAAAGAUUGAUCGAUUAAAACAAACUACAUAAUCUAUUAUAAUUAAAGAUAUAAAAGUAUAAUAUGACGCUCCAUAAGUCAUUCAAUCUAAAGAUAAAAGAGUUUAAUAAGAAUCAGAAUUACUAGCUGAAAUACAGAGACUUUAAACUUAAACUUAACCUUAAAUUUAAAACCUCCAGCUUGAUAGUUUUAAUAAAUAAAUAAUUCAUAAUAACUUUAUUAAGUUUAAAUUUAUAUUCCUUAAUUAUAACAGUAACAAAAUGA